AUGAAUGGACUUUUAUCGCAUAUUUUCCUCUUUCUUUAUGUCUAUAUUCGGAUUGUGGCUCCUGUGAAUUACGAAAAGUGCGAUUUGACGGUGGAUUCCGCAAUUUGCAUAAACAACACGGAGAAGAUCAUACUUCCGAACGCUCGACGGCCAGGAAGGAUCCUAUACAUGACCUUUGACGAAUCUGAGCCGGUGGAUAGCAGCGGAUUAGGCAACCAUGGAGUAGGACAGGUUUCUGGCCAUUCCGGCUUUGGUGGAAUGGGAACAUCGGCCUAUUUUAGAAAGAACUUUGUACACAUCAAGUCCAAUGAGCUCUUUGGGACGAAUGAGUUUAGUUACCUCUUUUUCAUAUACCUACUUAUGGAUGAAGUAUCGCAUCAGAAUAGCCUCAAAUACGACCAGUUUUGUCCCAUUAUACAAAAGGGAUACAAGACAGAGUUUGUCAACGAAGCUACUCCCCAAAUUUCCAUAAAUCCCAAGAACGGUCAAAUAAAAGUUGCACUUUCAGUAGAGGGAAACAAGACUAUUGAAAUAACAUCAAAUAGUCGCUUACAAAGACAUAACUGGUACCAUUUGGCUGUAGUUCGGGAGCGCAACAAUAUUUUGCUCUACGUUGACGGAAUAUUGGACUGUACAUACAACUCAAAGGCUUUAACUAGACAUAAUAAUCUACCUCUAUACAUUGGAAGUGUACCGUUUGCUCCUACAUGCGAUCUUCCUAUACUUUUGGAUGAGCUAUCAGUUUUUGCAUAUGCCGUUGGAGCAGAUGAAAUUCAGGCAGAAGCAUCAAUUGCCCUGGGUGGAAUAGAAUCCUCCUAUGUUAUAAUAGGAUGUACCAACUGCAGGUAUGUUUAUAUGGAAGAAUAUUUUACCCGGCUAAUUUUAUAA